CAUUUUUCCAACACAUUAAACCAAUAAAGCUUGGCCAUAAUUUCUACCAAAAAAUCGUUAAUGGAAUCAUGACUUAGAAUCCAAAUUGACUGUGAAAGUUCCAUCUUCAAUACCCCCACACACAAUUUCAUCAACAAUCAUCAUGACUUUGUGCGCCGUAGACUCCGCCAGAACACUUGCAUGUCGCGACGGCCAUGCGGCGGCGACGCUCAAGCUGAUCUCAAUGUUCGUUAUAUUUUUCACAAGCGUCGUCGGAAUAUCGGCGCCGGUGAUGCUUGCUCGUGUGUUUCACGGCAAGCCUCUAUACGAUAAAGCAAUUUUGAUCAUUAAAUGUUUCGCGGCGGGAGUCAUUUUAUCUACCUCACUUGUUCACGUGCUUCCGGAUGCGUACGACGCACUUGCGGAUUGUCAGGUAUCAUCGCAUCAUCCAUGGAAGGAUUUCCCGUUCUCCGGUCUGAUUACAUUGAUCGGAGUAUUGACGGCGCUGUUAGUGGAUUUAACGGCGACUUCGCACGUUGAUGGAUACAGUCACGGACACGUACAUGGAAGCAAGGAGGUUACCGCUUACACACGGAUAGGAGACAGCGAGGACGUGAGAAAAUCGGUGGUGGAGAUAGAGGUUGUGGAAGCGGGGGAGGAGAGACGGCGGUUGAAGGAUGAGGAGGAGAUGGUGAAGAUGAAACAGAGAAUGGUAUCGCAAGUACUGGAAAUAGGGAUUAUCUUCCAUUCGGUGAUUAUCGGAGUAACGAUGGGGAUGUCACAGAACCAGUGCACGAUUAAGCCGUUGGUGGCGGCGUUGGCGUUCCAUCAGAUCUUCGAAGGGAUGGGCCUCGGCGGUUGCAUCGCUCAGGCGGGAUUCAAAAUUGGGACAACUGCAUACAUGUGUUUGAUGUUUUCAGUGACAACACCAAUGGGGAUCAUGUUGGGGAUUUUGAUAUACAUGGGUCUAGUGGACCUCAUUGCUCUUGAUUUCUUUCAUAAUAAGCUAAUGAGCUCUGAAACAUGGUUAAAAAAGGCGUCUUUUUUAGCCCUGGUUCUUGGCUCCACUUUCAUGUCUAUUCUUGCCCUUUGGGCUUAA